AUGCACGUCUCCUCAUCCAUUUUGAUGGCUCUCCCCAUCUUAUCCCUCCUACCUCUCAUACACGCCCUGGCGUCCCCGCUCGGACCCGUCGUUGACCUUGGCUACGCUGCGUACGCCGGCAACUCGACUUCACCCGCGGGAGAAGAGAGCAGUUCGGUGACGUUCUUUGGGGGAAUACCAUACGCCCAACAGCCGGUGGGCGUGCUGAGAUUCCGUGCGCCACAUCCUUUGGACGAGAAUGUCAUUGCACCUGAAUCCUCUGCGAACGCGACCAGUUACGAGAGGUACGAGAACGCCCCAAGUAACAGAAGGGUCGCAGACGCCCGUGGCUGGGGCCCGCCAUGCUAUCAGCGACCGGCGAUGGUCGGCAUUGGGUCGGAGGACUGCUUGACAUUGAACGUGUGGAAGCCAACGGACGCGGUGGAAGGAGAUAACCUGCCAGUUGCAGGCGGUGGCUUCUAUGCUGGUUCCCCCGCCGGCUUCCCCCUCUACGACUGGGUCGCUCAAUCCAACGGCAGCAUCGUCGCCGUCUCCAUGGCGUACCGCCUCGGCCUCCUGGGCCUCCUUGCAGGCUCUGCCGUGGCCGCAGACGGCGACCUGAACGCGGGUCUGCUUGAUCAGCGCGCCGCAUUGGAUUGGGUGCAGAGGCAUAUACAGGCGUUUGGUGGGGACCCGGGGAAGGUGACAAUUUAUGGGGAGAGUGCGGGAGGUGCCAGUGUGGUGAUGCACAUGACGGCGUAUGGUGGCGUGAAGGAACCGCCGUUUGCGCGCGCCGUGGCUCAGUCGAUUGGCUACGGGACGACGCAUACGAGAGAAGAGGCCGAAGGAUAUUUCGCAAACGUCACGUCUAUUGUAGGCUGCGCGGCGGAUGAAGCACCUAUGAGCUGUCUGCGUGAUGCAUCUAUCGCCUCUAUCGUCAGCGCAACGAACCGCAUCAUCAACGGCGCCUUCACGCCCGUUAUUGACUCCCCGGAAGAGUACAGCUCCCUUUCCGGCGCUCACGGGUUCAUGCCCGAUCUCCCUUCCGCGCUAGUUAGGGCGGGCAACUUCUCCGCCGUCGACUUCGUCGGCGGUCACACGACGGGGGAUGGCAAAACAUUCGCGGGCGGUCAUCCCGAAGACUUCCAGACCGACCAGGAUAUCAGGGAUAUCACGUUCAAGCGGUGGCCGGGGGUGACGGAUGCCACAUUCGCGAAGAUACUCGAGCUAUAUCCGUCUCCCAACGAGACGGGUAGUCCGUUCGCUACGCAAUGGGACAGGGUGUGGACGCUGGCGGGCGAUCCUGUCUUCACUUGCAUGGACACCUUCGUCGCGAACGCUACGCUAGCGAAGAACAUCUCGAGCGUCUAUACCUAUAGCUGGGACGUGCCCGAUACCGUCCUUUACGAGCAGGAUCCAUGGAAGGGCGCGAUGCAUACCUCCGAUCUCUACUUCCUCUUCCAGGGAACCAACACAAUUCCGAAUGCGGGGAAUACGUUCACGGCGUUUAACGAGGUCCGUCCGUCGUUUGCGGUCAUCCAUUGGGCGCGGUGUAGUCCACCAAUCUCGGAAGCGGUCGUAUCUCAAGAGGCGAUCGCGUACUGGACGUCGUUCGCGAGGACGGGAGAUCCGUCUGCGGCGAAAUAUCCGACCUCGCCUUCCUGGCCGCCCUUCGCAGCCGACGACGGCAGACGGCAGAGGCUCCUGGUCAAGGAAGGGACGAGCGAGAAGACGUCCUCCGCCGCAGACGAUAUCUCGGACUACGAGCUGAUCCGUUGCGCCUUCUGGAUGAGUGAAGAAGUCACGGCGGAGACGCGCAUUUGA